AUGUCGGAUGUGUCGAACUCCUCAGCUUGGAAGACCCUGCCGGAGGACGAACCUCCGCUUUGCAUUGCAGUUAGACGCCCAGAGUGGCCUCCACGCCACUAUGAUGAGGUUGUCGCAGGUUCGUUCAUUCACGCUGCUCAUGGCGAUGUACUUGGUAAAGAAUCAUGGGGUUCGCCAAAAAAGAUUGAUGACAUCUACCUAAAUCAUCCUGUAGUUGGCGAUCCAAUAGACACAAUUGUGGAUAUCCCAGAUAGGGUCUCCAAUGUUACGGAUGUCUGGAAGGCUGGUAGAACAUCUUUGCAUUGUGAUGCGUCAUAUCCAUUGUCAUCGAAGGAUGGUUUCAAAGAUGACUGGGACAAUACCUUUGAUACAGCUGCGUUCGGAGGGAGUUUUUCUCCGAGAGAAAUCAAUGUCCCUGAACUUGCCACAGAACGGAGGAGGACACUACUUUCAGUCAAUUCUAUAGAGGGAUCGAAACAAUUCGCUUCUGUUUCUGCAAUAUCCCCUAAUACUUCAGUUUUUCCGAAGUGGGAAAAUCAUCGGGAAUGCAUUCCAGUGCAAACAAGAGAUAGAAUGGUGGAUGCAGCUCCAAGCAAUACUACUUCUUCGGACGGUAUGAGAGAGCAUUCUGCAGCAGUUGCCACUUACAAGGAAACAGAACAGGAGUACACCGAGGCAAAUGAAAUCGGUAAGAUAGAUAGGCCGAUAGCUGAUCAAUGA